AUCGUGGUGUCCUGGAAUUUUAAAUUUUCAAAUAUAAAAAGACGCAUUUAUUUUCUUAUUCAUUUGACCCCAUUGAACCGAGAGUUUUUCUAACCGUUUCUUUCUUCUUCUUUUUUCACUUUAACGGGGAAAUGAACUUUAAAAUUGGAACCAAAAUUCGUGUCUGUCAUAUCCCACCGUUUCCCCCUCAACAGGUUUUUUUUCCACGUUAUAAAUUGGUGGGGCCAAACUGAAACACUAGGGUCUUCAACAUCUUAAUCAAUCCCUUCUUAUCUUAGUCUCUUCGUUCUUAAACAUCAUCUUCACAUUCCAACUCCUUUGAUUUCCUGAUGGCACAGCUAAUCCCAAGCCUCCCUAAUGACAUUGCUACCGAAUGCUUGAUACGCUUGCCAUUUCAACACUUUCCUGCAGCGACAUUGGCAUGCGAAGACUGGAAACUUGAGAUAGAGUCACCAGAGUUUUUUCAAAGUCGAAAGGUUGCUGGUUAUAGCCAACCCACCAUUGUUAUGGCACUAGCAAGGGUUGGUGAAGAAACAGGAGGCAGCAGUCAGAAAAAUCUAAGAAGCCCAACAACUUAUAGGCUUGCAUUUUGUGACCUCAAAACGGGAAUAUGGGGUGAGUUGCAGCCAAUUCCAGAAUUCUCAAAAGGUCUGCCGAUGUUUUGCCGAUUGGCCGUGGCUGGUUUAAAUUUGGUGGUGAUUGGCGGGUGGGAUCCAGAAACUUGCAGGGUAUCCAACGCCGUGUUUAUAUACAGUUUCUUGUCAGCCACGUGGCGUCGUGGGGCUGACAUGCCUGGUGUUAAGAGGUCACUUUUUGGGUGUGCAUCGGAUAUUAAUGGCAACAAGGUGUAUGUUGCGGGGGGGCAUGACGAGGAAAAGAAUGCAUUGACUUCUGUUUUGGGAUAUGAUGUGGCAAAGGAUGAUUGGAUUAAAUUGCCCGACAUGGCAAGGGAGCGUGACGAGUGCAAUGCUGUGUUCCAUUCUGGCAAAAUCCAUGUCUUUGGCGGGUACUCCACGGAAGCACAAGGUGUUUUCGAUGCAAGUUCUGAGGCCUUUGAUCUUGGCGAGUGGCGGUGGGUUCAAAUGCAAGAGAACUUUUUAGGAACAAAUAUGAGUGCAAGAACUUGCGUGGCUGAUGGUAAUGGAAGGUUUUGCAUAUGUCAAGGUAGUGAGGUGAUGGUUGCAUACGAGGAGGCCGAGUGGCGGAGAGUUGCUGAGUUGCCGGUUGAUAUGGGCGUCCCUGCUUGUGUGAUGAUGGGCCAGAAUAAAUUACUUGUGAUUGGGUCUGGAAAAUCUGAUGAUCCCCAUAUGUUCUAUGAGUUGGAUUUCGAGAGACGCACAUGGACAGUGCUGGAGGCUCCAAAACAGCACUCGGGCCACGUUCAAUCAAUUUGUUUUCUGGAGAUCUAAGUUUCACCAGCAUUUGGGCACUAAAUCUUAACUCAAGGACGAGAUUAACUAACUAUCAUGUGUAUUAUCAUUAUCAUUUUUCUUAUAAAUCUAUGUGUUAUCAUUUCGUUUGUUGAAUGGAAAAGGAGUGGUAUUAAGAUCAA